CACAAGGGAAGGGAGGGGUUUCCACCCACAAGAGAGAAACUAUAUAAAGUCCUAGGAGCCCCCUUCCUUUUGCCUUCAGCUGGCACAAAAGAUAGUCUCUUCAUCCCAAGGAGAUGCCUGAAAGAAACUGGAACAAAGGACAGUAGACAAGGAUAUUGGGGUUGAGCUUCCUGGGUCAGACACUGCUGCCUGCAUUGUGAUCUGGGAGCCCAGACUGAGCAGCUGCUGCUCCCCCGGUGGGGUCUGGGCUUGGAAGUGACUUGGAGUGAAGCUUCCUCUAUGCCCAGGCAAGGGUUUCCAGUUUCCAAACCUGAUGUCACCUCCCAGCUGGAACAAGGGGAAGAGCCGUUGUCCCCAGAUCUCCAGGGCUCAGAGGAAAAAGAGAUCCUGAGAGGCAUCUGCACAGGUGCUGGACUAGGGAGUGAGACCGUGGAGCAGAAUCCUCAGCAGGAAGAUGAUGAGGAAGUGGAAUCACAUGGUGCAUUAUUGCAAAGAUGCAAAGGGAUUGUGUCCAGGAGUUGUGAUCAGGGAAAAGCCUGUGAGAGUCAGCACAUUCCAGAGAUGUGGCAGGGAAACCAGCCAACACAGAAAGUUGGUCAAUCUGGUUAUUAUCAGGGAACUCACAAAUGUCUCAAGGAAACUAUGGCCCAGCAGAGAAUCCCCAUGGGAGAGAGAAACACCACAUGUGUUGAGUGUGGGAAAAAGUUCAGUAGGCGCUCACACCUUAUUAGACAUCAGAAAAUCCACACAGGGGAGCGACCCUAUGAAUGCUGUGAGUGUGGGAAAACCUUUGCUCGAAUCUCAACCCUGAAUAAUCAUCAGCGGAUCCACACAGGGGAGAAACCCUAUGGAUGCUGUAAGUGUGGGAAAACCUUCACUGAGCGCUCAAACCUUAUUCAACAUCAGAGGAUCCACACAGGAGAGAAACCCUAUGAAUGUUGUGAAUGUGGGAAAACCUUCACUCACAGCUCUCAUCUUAUUAGACAUCAGAGAAUCCAUAAAGGGGAGAGACCUCAUGAAUGCUGUAAGUGUGGGAAAACCUUCACUGAGCGCUCAAACCUUAUUCAACAUCAGAGGAUCCACGCAGGGGAGAAACCCUAUGAAUGUUGUGAGUGUGGGAAAACCUUCACUCGGUGCUCAACCCUUAUUAAGCAUCAGAGAAUCCACAAAGGGGAGCGGCCCUAUGAAUGCUGCCAGUGUGGGAAAACUUUCACUCGGCGCUCACACCUUAUUAGACAUCAGAGGAUACACACAGGAGAGAGACCCUAUGAAUGCUCCAAGUGUGGGAAAUUCUUCCGUCAGAGCUCAGCCCUUAUUUGUCAUCAGAGAAUCUGCAAGGGAUAAAAACAUUGUUUAGGGCUAAGAAAAGAUUUUGUUUUCCAUUUGCUAAUUUCCACAUACUGAACUUUAAAGCAGCAUUUGUGUCACUGUGGUCUCUCAACUCCUCCACCUGAGUUGUCUGCUUUUCCCUUUUGCAGCUCACCUUUCCUUGGGAUGAAUCCCACACUCCUUUUAUCAACUCCUUUGUGCUAUGUCAUGGAGGUGUGUGUCUCUCCAAUAGGAAUGUCCAUCAGCCCCAGGUGGGGUAACUAGGAGUGACUUCAACUAGGUACAUGGAGGUUAAAUUUACCUGGACCUUGACUCUACUAGGAUUUUCCAUGGAGUUAGCUAGCUUGAGUUCACUAUCCUGAUAUUAAAAACUAGGGCUGUGAAUCAAAUAAAAUUAAUUGCACUUAAUCCUGAAAUUUAAAAAAAAAUGAAUUGCAUUUUUAAUCACACUGUUAAUAAUAGAAUACCAUUUAUUUAAAUAUUUUGGAUGUUCAGCCACCAUUCCAGACAAGCCCUGUAACCCCAAGUCAGCUGGCCUAGACCAGACACCCAUUUUAAUUGCAAUGUAUACAUACCCUUAGUGUCAAAAUCGCAGCUUUCCCAUCAGGGAAUCAUGCCCCAAUCUCCCCUGUGAUAAGUGGGCAUAUCAUGAUACUAAUGUGGUAGGAACUUGCUGCUUCCCUGCACAGGGACCUAGGAGAUCCAACUAGGUGGGAGUUGUUCUGGGGCCCUGCAGGGUGGGGGUUUAGCUAGGAGAAGGGGCAGAUUAAGAGAGUUUGUCUCUGAUGUACAGGGGUGUUUGUCAGCGGGAGGUGUGACAGCUAGGCGUGACAGUGGGGGCUGAGCUGGGGCAGCAGCACAAGGGGGCAAUGUGAGGGACUUGUCACUUGGGAAAAAUGACACUGCAAAACCUCUGUGCUGCAACAAAAGCCUCUCACUUAUCCCCUAAACCCGCUUCAUGUAAAUCUCCGCCCCUGCCUUGGCAUUUGGAAACCUGUUCACUCCUGUGGAAAUUUUUAAUUUUUCUUAUGUGUUCUUGGCUUUGUACAAACAUUUCCCCCAUCAAAAUGAUCAAGGACAUUUAAAAUGAGAAAAGCAAAACAAAAGAACCCCCUCUCUGCCCCACCCCCCGAAUUUCCACACUACACACGGCUUGGUGUCUGAAUUUUUUAGGCAAUAAAACUCAAACCUCUAUUGGCCAGAAAACAAACAUCAUUCUCCCAUGCUGUACCUAAGGCCUUGUCUAGAGAGGUAUAGAUGCUGCAAAGGCACUUUUGGCGAUGGAACUCCGCUGUUUCACCGACAUAAUAAAACCACUUCUAUGAGA